UCUUCUAAGUGAUAGUUCAUUUAGCAUGCCAUCAUCCUCUGUAUAGUUUUUGGCUUCUGUGAAUAAGCAUCCAGCUCAUGAGAUGAUUAAAUUCACGGUAAGUUUUUAAAUCAGUAUGCUGGGUUCUAUUAGAGUCAAUUUUUUAUGUUCUACGUUGCAACUAUUUUCCCAGAUAAUUCAGAGUCUAAAUUUUUGGGUGCGUAAAGCAUGUGAAAUCGAGACCAAUGCAGUUUCAAUUGAAAGAGUUUGUGAAUACGCAAAAAUGGAUAAAGAGCAACCAUGGAUAAUGUCAAAAAGACCACCAGUGGGAUGGCCCGAUAGAGGAAUAAUAGAGUUUGUUAACUACAAGGCUCAGUACAGGAAGGAUCUUGGUUUAGCCCUGAAUGAUGUCUCUUUUCAGACACAGAGUAAAGAGAAGGUUGGAAUUGUUGGAAGAACAGGAGCUGGUAAAUCAACACUCACAAAUUGCUUGUUUAGAGUUCUAGAGGGAUCUGAAGGCAAGAUAAUUAUUGAUGGAAUUGAUAUAUCAACUAUUGGACUCCAUGACCUACGUGGAAAUCUUAACAUUAUUCCACAGGAUCCUGUCUUGUUUUCUGGGACAGUGCAGUCAAACUUGGAUCCACUUGGGAAACACUCUGAUCUUGAACUGUGGGAGGUACUGGAACUGUGUGACUUAAAGGAUUUUGUCCAGUCUCUCCCAAAGAAGCUCCUUCAUGAAAUUUCAGAAGGUGGUGAAAAUCUCAGUGUUGGGCAGAGACAGUUGGUCUGCCUGGCCCGUGUCUUGCUACGAAAGACAAAAAUCCUGGUCCUAGAUGAGGCAACAGCUUCUGUUGACAUGGAAACAGAUAACUUGGUGCAGUCCACCAUCAAAAGAGAGUUUUACAACUGCACAAUAUUGACUAUAGCCCACAGGUUACAUACAGUCAUGGAUUCAGACAGAGUGCUUGUUCUGGACGCAGGAAGGAUUCUAGAAUACGAUACACCACAUAAUUUAUUACAAGGAAAAGGUGCCUUUUCUAAAAUGGUUGCAGAGGCUGGAAUAAGAAGAUGACAGGGAAAACUAAUGAAUGAAUUCUUAAUGAAGACAAGAAUUCCUUACUCCAGUAAACACUGGAGGGAUAUUUGGCAUACCACAUAUGUAUGGAAUAUUUUAUAUUCCAUAUAAAACAACUAGCUUACUCAAAAACUCCUCUCAGCAUUGCUGUUUACUAAACUACAAUCUGUAUGCGUUGAUCAGGUUUCUUAAAAUAACUUUCUGAUUUUAUACAAAUCUUAAAAUUUUGAUCAUAUUGGCAUGGGAACAACAUAGUGAAGCAAUAAUUUUCAUGGCAUAUUUUAACUGUUGCACUGGUAAAGACUGAAAAAUAAAUCUUGCUCUUCUCA